AUGUCUUCCCCCGCUGUUCAGCUUUCAUUCACCCUUCGCACCUCUGCCAAUGUUCGCACCGUGCAUCUUCUAGGCUCAUGGGACAAUUAUAAAUCACAACUCCCGCUGUCCGUGGUCAAAGACGCAUCUGCCAAGCCAGGAAGCUGGAAAGGAACCUUCCGUUUCCAGGGAUCUAACGCACUCAAGCUCGGCAGCAGAUACUGGUAUUACUACAUCGUCGACGGAUACCACGUCUCUCACGAUCCAGCCAAAGAGUUUGUCACUGAGAAGACCACUGGUCGCAAACUCAACGUCAUCGACGUGCCUGGAGGCGACAAGAAGGCCGCUCGCCCAACAGUUGAUACUCAAAAUCUCUCCAAGCGACACUCUCGUGACAUCCCAACAGGCCGUGCUUUGAGCCCUGGCAAGAUCCAGCACCCGAAACCGACCAAAUCGUAUGCUAGUCGCGGGCUCCGAGAAGCAGACUACGACACAUCUCCCGUGGACGACCUUGAAGAACGCUUUGCUGGUUACCGCAUCAGCUCGGCGGGCGGCUCUUCGGCUUCGCCAUCUGACCUGUCUGACUCCAGCUCCAGCUCCGGCACGGCUUUCAGCAGAUCGUCACCCUCGAGCAUGUCAAGCGCUUCUGACCACUCAUGCCGCUGCGAACGCUACGGAGUGACCAAGUCAGGACAACGGGUCAAGAUCGACUGCGGCGGGAAACGCUGCGGUUCAUGGUCUUCUAGCUCAAGCGAGUGUGAGAGCCAAGAAAGCGACGACUCGUCCGAGGAUGAACGCGAAUAUCGAGCUCGUGUGCGACGCGAGCAGGAGAAGAAAUCAUCGUCUCACGCCAGCCACGGCCACGGCCACAGCAGUCGCGAAACCAGACGCCCUGAGGAACCCCGACGAACCGUCGUUGUCGAGAGGAGACGGAGAUGA